AUGGAUGCCCUUUCAGCAGAGCUUUAUGAAUGUGCUUGCUCUGCAAUAUUCCGAUGUCGCGAAGGGCUUAAAAAACACCUUGCAGACGUCCAGAUUGAGAAAAAUUACCACACUACUCAGCUGGAGAAGUGCUUUGAUCAUUCGAGAAGGGAUAACGAGGGACAUCGCUGCGAUGGCAGUUGUGCAAACCUAUGCCUGACAUGUCCUCACGAGGCCUGCGAGGCAAAAUCGACAACAUACAAGACAAAACAGAAACUCAUACGACACUAUGCGAUACAUGUCAAAUGCUAUGAAGUCUGUAUCUUCUGUUGCAUACGGUUCGAGGAGAGCCAGAAGUUUUUGAGACACAUCGAGGACUGCCACAACAAAGAGCGGGGCAGGAAAGCAGACUUCAUGAACACAACAUGCACAGAGUUAGUGACGAACGUGUCGCAAGAGCUUCUCGUUGCAUGGCAUUCAAAGUCGUCUGCAAACACGAAUCUGAAUGGAAAGAGAAUGCGGGCGUUGUCAGACGUAGCUUCUGUAUUGGAUCCUGAAAGAGCCACAAAAGUUCGUGUAACAAAUGAUGGACAUCAUGCCGCUCAAGCUGCUACCCAAUCGAAGUUCCUCGGGGAAUCAGAUUUGACGUUCACGUAA